AUUUAUUUAUUGCAGGAUCUGAGCAAAGGUGAUCCUCAUGUUGUUGUGGGAAUCCCCUCUCACUUGUACAGUGACGCUCUUCACACAAUGGGUUUUCCUCCCGAACGCCAGUUUCUCUGCGUGGGGUCUGAGCAAGAGCAGCGCUGUCAGAAGAGGUUUAACAGCGAUCAGCAUUUUGCCGUCGUGAAGAUCACCAAGCUGGCGGCGGGCGUCAAGUGCCUGACGAGUUGCAGCUACGAGUUGGAGGACAACCUGCUGCAGCGAUCCUUCGCGCUGUUCGUUAGGCGAUCGUGGCCGCUGCGGGGGGCCCUCGAUGAUACCAUCCGGAGGCUGCAAUCAGCGGGCCUGAUCGAGGCCUGGGUAGCGCGGCACGAGCACCUCAGCAGGCUGGCCAAGGCCCGCGAGGCACAACGGCUGCACCCACCUCCGAAGAGAACGGCGGUGCUACCCGUUGGAACGUGUGUUGUGCUAAGCGCCGGCCUUUCCACGGCCAUCGCAAUGUUUCUUGCCGAAAUCGUUCUGGCGAGAGUUUUGCACACAGCUACCACUUGAGACAAUAGUACUGUGAAAGUAUUACCUCUAUGCCCCUUUAAGGGCCGGGGACGUCAAAUGACCGUUGUUUUAAAACAACCUUCACUUCAAGACCGCUUAUGGGGUGUCACCUUCAAGACAAGUGAGCUUUUGGGCUUGAGAACCUUAUCUAAGGUUGUAAACAAGAUAAUUUCAAAGCGCAAAUGAUUUCUGACGGACCGAAAAAAUCUUUCCUUAAACCCCAGCCAACUGCCGUGCCGCUGGCGAUUCGUUUACGGCCUCGUGACGUCACCGAGUGGUGGCUAACGUACCAACUGUUGACCUAAAGAGCAUCGACUCGUGAAAGUUCGUGUACUGUGAAUACUAAAAUAGUAAAUAUUACUGAAUUA